AUAACUAAUUUGUGAAAACUGGUUUACGUCGCAUAUGUUAUGGAAUAAUAUUUACCCGAAAGAACUUACAACAUCAUACAGCAAUGCUGUAAUUAACCAGUGAAUGUUUGACCACUUGACCACUGUAACCAUAAGUCUGACGUGUCACGGCUGUAGUGGUCAAGCGGGACUAUGAAGUGGUAUCUUAAGCAGAAGACCUUGGGCUGGAUAAUAUUGUUUGUUUGGGUGAUGCUCUGGGGAUAUUUCAAUCGCUCGUCAUGUGUCAAAGAAAACAAGGAACCAGUAGCACACGCUUCAGAUCUGGGUACAAUGACCCCGGGACCAGUGUUACAUAUCAACAUUUUAGAUAUAAUAAGAUCGACACUCUUGAAAGCGCCAGAGAUAACGCGCCUUCCGCCAUCACCGACAGCGCCAGAGAUAACACGCCUUCCGCCAUCACCAACAGCGCCAGAAAUAACACGCCUUCCGCCAUCACCAACAGCGCCAGAGAUAACACGCCUUCCGCCAUCACCAACAGCGCCAGAAAUAACACGCCUUCCGCCAUCACCAACAGCGCCAGAGAUAACACGCCUUCCGCCAUCACCAACAGCGCCAGAAAUAACACGCCUUCCGCCAUCACCAACAGCGCCAGAGAUAACACGCCUUCCGCCAUCAUCAACAGCGCCAGAAAUAACACGCCUUCCGCCAUCACCAACAGCGUCAGAUAUUCAGCGUCCUCUACCAUCUCCAACAGAACAAGCGUCAACUGAGGUUGAAGUCACGGGGAGAUUGAAAGUCGAUCGUAGAAAAGCUCUUCUGUACGGAAAGGCAAGAAAAACUAAAAGUUCCUUGACUAUCGGGAUCCCUACAUUACGUCGACAGGGGGUGGAUUAUCUUGAGAAGACACUCUUUUCUCUAAUCACCCACUCAGAUGCGUCCCAGCAAAUGUCGAUAGUGGUGGUCAUUUUUAUGGUGGACAUGGACAAGACCUGGACCAGGAUAAGGAGCAAACAGCUAGCCGUCAAAUACCCCAAGCUCAUACAAAGCGGAUUCCUCCAGAUAGUGCAUCCACAUGAUCAAAGUAUAUAUCCAGAUUUUGGAAAGCUCAAAAGAACGUAUAAUGACUCAUUAGAGAGGGUGGCGUGGCGGUCGAAACAGAAUAUUGAUUAUGCUUACCUUUUCGCGUAUAGUCAAAACAUAUCAAAAUAUUAUCUCCAACUAGAGGAUGAUGUCGUUGCAGCUAGCGACUAUUAUAGAGACAUUGUAAGUUUUAUUGAUUCCAAUUCCAACAGAUUCUGGUAUUACCUUGAGGUUUCACAUAUAGGAUUUAUUGGAAAACUGAUACGAUCAUCAGACCUUGGUGGUCUGUCAGAAUAUAUUAUGAUGUUUUUUGAUGAACAGCCAGGUGACCUUUUGCUUAUUGCAUUAGGUAAAAUCAAAACACAGUCAAAGAGGAUAGUUGCAACUAGAUCUUUGUUCCAACAUAUAGGUACCGUGUCAAGUUUGCCGGGAAAAGUACAAAAAAUAAUUGACAAACAUUUCAAAGAUUCGUUUGACAAACGUUUCAAAAAUGCAUUUGGUUUAAAAGACUCGUUUAGUUUGAAACAAUAUCCCCGAAAGAGAUUCUAUCAUUCAAAUCCCUCCGCAAAAAUAGAUACAAACAUUGAAGUGUAUUCAAAUUAUAACCCUGUGUAUGCGUAUGACUUAUCAAAUAGGUUUUUCUGGGGAGUCAGUCCUAGACGGGGAGGAAACUUUCGAGUCAUAUUCCAUGUUCCUCAAAACAUAAGCCGUAUAUUCAUAGAUUCUGGUAGCACUGAAAUAGACACAGACAUACUGUAUGAUGGUAAACUGUUAGUAUCAUCCAGCAUAUCAAAUGAGGAGCGAACACCAUGUCAAAAUUUCACAACCAUCUCUAAAUUUGAGAAUGGCGACAUCGACACCAGCAAAUCGAAUGUUUCACUUCCGGUAAAUAUAGACUGUAUUGUUAUUGCAGUGAUGGCCAAUCAAACUGAUUGGCUCGUUAUUAGAGAGAUCGCCAUAUUCCUUCCGGGCGAACUUGAAAUUACGGAACCGAGUAAUCAAUUAUCCCAAAAACCUAGCAAGGAACGUGUAAUGAUAGGAAAGGAUGCACUGGAGAAAAGUGAUUCACUUAAACCACAUCUCGCUCACAGAAACUCAAUAGAACGACAUACCGUAUUUAACAUUCGUGGUCAUAACAAGCAGUAUGAACCAGGACAUACCGACGACCACGUAUCAUAUCCGCCGUACAGAGGUGUUACGGUGAAUCUUGGUGAUAAAGAUGUCAAACAUUUUGAAAGAGAAAGCGAUGUGAAGCAAGCGUCUGACAUGAAUCAGACAACAACGUCUCGUGUACAACAUCCAUUUGAACAACAUUACGACAACGUCACACAACGGGAUGAUGCAAUGAACAUAUACAAUUCAACUGGGGUGAAUAAGUAUUCUAGGAAAAGAUUUUAUCACGUCAAUCCUCCCGCAACAAUACACACACAAAUUGAAACUUUCUCUGGUUAUAAACCUGUAUAUGCAUAUGAUUUGUCGGACACAUUUUUCUGGGGGUCCUAUCCGAAACAAGGCGAUUACUUCUUGAUAUUACUGAAGUCUCCACAAAACAUCAGCCGUAUAUUCAUCGACUCUGGUUACGAAGGAAAGGAAUUUGACAUACUACAAAACGCUAGACUGUUGAUAUCAACAAGAACACCUGGUAAUGAAGAAAGAACAUGUCAAAAGCUCGGAGCUGUAGCACUCUUUGUAAAUGGGGACGUCGACACAAAGAUUUCAAACAUUUCACUUCCGGUAAAUAUAGAUUGUAUUGCAAUAGAGCUUACGGCAAAUCAAAACGACAGGCUCAUCAUCCGAGAAAUCGCUGUGUUCCUAUCAGGAGAAUUAGAGAGUGCGAAGCUGGACAAAAUUACAAGCUCCCCACAAAUGCGAGAGGAACGUAAGGUGCUUGAACAGACAUUCAAAAGAAAUGAAACAUUAAAACGACUAUUUGUUUCCAAACAGUCACUUGGGUCGGUUCAAACAAAGAACCCCGAUAACAUUAAAUCACAAUGGCAAGAUCUGCAAGGCCAUACCGACAGCCGUCGUUCGAAUUUAAAUCAACCGAAAGAAAGUUUAGACCGGCGACCGUAUGUAUCUCCAAACCACAGGCAAAUAAAUGUGCAUGAUGCAAAUGAUGCGAAAAAUCGCUCAGAAACGUUGUUUAAAAACGGAUAUGCCAUAGACCGAAAUAAACUUUUAAAAAAUGGACGUCAUCAUCGUUAUCAACCGACUUCCGACAGCAGAUUUAACAACAGUGAAGACAAACGUGUGCAACAAAGGACCUAUUCGCUACUACAACAAAACAACACUGAAUUUUCACACAAUAUAGAAACAAAUAGAAAAAAACUUUAUGUGAAUCCGUGGCACACCAGUGAUGCCAAAGUUGUUGAAAAAGUAACUACAGACAAGAAAACAAGCAAUGUUAAGCGGGUACCCGAGGUAACUAAGAUAGUCAACUAUACAUUGGAACAUCGUAAAGAACAAAAGUACAACGACAGGCAAACGGAUAAUAUUGCAAACAAAACGGAAAAGAAUGGAGUGAAUCAGUAUUCUCGGAAAAGAUUUUAUCACGUCAAUCCUCCCGCAACAAUACACACACAAAUUGAAACUUUCUCUGGUUAUAAACCUAUAUAUGCAUAUGAUUUGUCGGACGCAUUUUUCUGGGGGUCCUAUCCGAAACAAGGCGAUUACUUCUUGAUAUUACUGAAGUCUCCACAAAACAUCAGCCGUAUAUUCAUCGACUCUGGUUACGAAGAAAAGGAAUCGGACAUACUUCAAAACGCUAGACUGUUGAUAUCAACAAGAACACCUGGUAAUGAAGAAAGAGCAUGUCAAAAGCUCGGAGCUGUAGCACUCUUUGUAAAUGGGGACGUCGACACAGAGAUUUCAAACAUUUCACUUCCGGUAAAUAUAGAUUGUAUUGCGAUUGAGAUUACGGCAAAUCAAAACGACAGGCUCAUCAUCCGCGAGAUUGCGGUAUUCCUAUCCGGAUAAUUGAAGAACAAUGAACUGGACAAAAAUGUCAUCUCCUGAAAGAUUCAAGAGGUUAGUAAGACACGUUAAAACAUAUACUGAUAGAAGUGAUAAUGUCCUUAAACCAACGUUGCAUCUCCGCAGUAUUUUCAGUAGGGCAGAUGGAAAAAUCAAAGGACCUCAGCAUUUCCAAGAUAUACAGACAGGCACAACUUGAGUCCAGUCCAACUGAAGAAGCAAUAAGGUCGACACCACAAGUGCCUCUUAAUCGCAAGAAGAUAAAUAAAAAACAAGUGUAAGGUUUAUUAAAACUCAUAAAACACUAAUUAAAGGUAUGACACGUUAAAAAAACAUAAAAACAAGAAUAAGUCUUUUCAGACCAUAUUUUUUUAUUGGUUUCAUUUUUAAUCUUCCCUUUUAAGCUUUGGACCAGGUGAAAUUAUACCGUACCGUGGUGUCCGUCGUCCAUUCGCCGUCAACAUUUCCUUUAGACUACUUCUUUUGUUCUUCUGCUAAACUGCCUAGUGGAAUUUUACCAAAUUGGAAUGGACAUACCCAUAGUUGAUGGAGAUUCAAAAUUAUACAAAUUGAGGGACCGACCCACCAGGGUGCCGAGGGGAAGGUUUGUUUGCCAUUUUGGUUUAAGCGACCUCUUUGGAAAUAAGAUAUGGAUAUCAACCACAUUUGAUUGGAAAUAUCCCAAUGUAAUUGGGAUUAGAUAUUGUAUAUGUACUAAGGAGAGGAGCCAAGGGAUUUUAUAAUUUGAAAAUGACUGAUAUCCAUCACAUAACCAUAUAUACAACACCUGAAUAUAAAGAGACAAGUACAAAUAUGCUACCAGGAUGCCCUUUGGAUCUGGUACCACCCUUUGAGACUUAGUCCCUGGGUUACAACUUUGAAGCUCUUUAGAACACCACUCUAUAACCAUAUUUACAAUUGCUUAAAAUGAAGAGACGAAUACAUAUAGCCCUCAGGAUUAGCCCCAGUGAAUGAACCCAAACUUGAUGACUUAGUCACAGAGUCAUAACUUUGAACCGUUAGAGAUCUCCACCCCAUAUUAUGCAAUUGCUCGACAUGAAUUGUUUUAUACAGAUAUGCUACCAGGAUUGAACUCGGGGCCUGCUCUACGUUUGGUUACUUAGUCAUUUGGUUAUGACAUGGAACUUGUUGAGAUCACAACCUCUAAAUGAGAUACGUAAAUGCUGGGUUUGAAGAGAUGAACACACGCUAUCAGAAAAAACUUAUCAUCCAACAAGCGAACGAAAGGUUCAAGUAAUUUCUCACAAAGAGUUUACUUGAAAAUUUUGAGAGUAGAGUCAAAUGGUUUCAAUACCACCCCACACCACCCUAGA